UUAGGGUUCUUCAUUUUCAUCUUCCACUGUUGUCAAGACUUCACCGUAACAAAGCAAAACUUGAAUACGAUUUUGCACUCUCUGAAUACGAUUUCGCACACUCACUCUGAUUACGCUUUAGAUUCGAAGUUAAAAAAGGUAUGGGUGUUUUUGGUGUAGUAUUUCACCAUGGGGGACACUUCGUGCAAGAGGGUCAUAUGUAUUACAGAGGGGGUAGCGACACUAUUGUUGAAGGUCAGGAUGAAGAUAAAUGGAGUUUUUUUUAAGCUGUUAGUUUGGUUAGGGAUUGGGGAUAUGAAGGUUUUAGGCUAUGGCGAAAGAUACCGCAACUAGAUGAAGGCUUUAUGAAUGUUGUUGAUGAUGCAGCUUGUGUAGAAAUUGCUAAGCAUUGUAUGGCUUGUAAGGUUGAUGGCCAUAUUUGGGUGGAGCAUGGUGUCAAGGACAUGAUGACCAAGGUGGUUCAUCCUAAUGUGGAUGACUUCAGCACAUCUAGUGAAACUGAGAGCAGUGGUUCUGAUACUGAUGCAGGAGAAUGUUUCGAUGAUAGUGAAGAGGAAAGAGUGAUUGAAGUAGAAGAUGAACAAUUCGAUCAAGUGGAGGUAGUUCUGCCCGAGAGUGGGAAUAGGGUGAAUGUCCAUGGGAAAUCUUUGAGAUUCAAGCGUUGUGCAUCCAAGGAUCCCAAAAACAUGAAAGCCAAAAGCAUGGUAAAGAAGGUUAAUCUAUUGGUGCCCAAGAGUGUCUUAGGAUCUAGUUCAAAGAGGAAUACAACCAAUGAUGAAGAUGUGGAUUAUGCUAGUGAGGAACUUGAUAGUUCAGAUGCUGAUGAAAGUGAUAUGGGUGAGAAACCUUCCAAGCCAAAGUAUGACAAGUUCAGAUCAGAGCUGCUCAACAAAGACUUUCAAUUCAAAUUAGGUAUGGAGUUCAAAUCUCUCUCUGAAUUUAAAGAUGCUAUUAGGGAGUGGUCUGUAUUAAAUGGUAGAGAGAUAAGUUUUGUUAAGAAUGAGAGUUAUAGGGUUAGGGUUGAGUGCAAGGGUAAAUGUGGCUUUUUGGCAUUAUGUAGUAAAGUGGGAGACAGUCACACAUACCAGAUAAAGACUUGGGUGGGGACCCACACAUGUGCAAGGGUAUUAAAUAACAAGUCUGCCAAUUCCAAGUGGGUUUCUAAGUUAGUGGUUGAAAAGAGGAAAUCACAAGGGAAAGUAAAGUUGUCUGAAAUUAUGGCUGAGCUUAGACAGAAAUAUGCAGUAGGCAUCACCAAAGGAAAAGCUUGGAGAGCAAAAGCUAUUGCUGAUGAAAUAAUUGAAGGUGAUGCAAAGGAACAGUAUAAUAUGUUGUGGAGUUAUGCAGCUGAGUUGAGAAACCAUUGUGCUGGUAAUACUGUCAAGAUAAACACUGAGAGACCACAUCCAACACUACCACCAAGAUUUGGGAGGUUUUAUUUCUGUUUGGAUGGCUGCAAGAAAGGGUUUACCCAUGGUUGUAGACCAUUUAUAGGUGUAGAUGGGUGUCAUCUUAAGACACAAUAUGGAGGUCAACUGUUAAUUGCUGUAGCAAGGGACCCAAAUGACCAAUAUUAUCCUUUGGCAUUUGGUGUGGUGGAGACCGAGACAAAGGAAAGCUGGAGAUGGUUUAUGCAAUUGCUGAUGGAAGACAUUGGAUCUGAGAGAAAGUAUGUUUUUAUAUCAGAUCAACAAAAGGGGCUUGUUAGUGUUUUUGAGGAGAUGUUUGAACAGAUAGAACAUAGGGUGUGCCUCAGACAUUUGUAUGCAAAUUUCAAGAAGAAAUUUGGUGGUGGAGUUGCCAUUAGGGACCUUUUAAUGGGGGCUGCCAAGGCCACAUACUUCCAGGCUUGGGAGAAGAAGAUGAAUGAGCUUAAGCAACUUGACAAGAAGGCAUGGGAUUGGUUGAUGGGAGUGCCAACAAAACUGUGGUGUAAGCAUUCUUUUUCAUUUUACCCUAAGUGUGAUGUUUUGAUGAAUAACUUGAGUGAAUCUUUCAAUAGUACCAUAUUACAAGCUAGGGAUAAACCAAUACUCACUAUGGUAGAAUGGAUUAGGAACUAUGUCAUGAAUAGGAUUGCUAAUAGUAUUGUGAAGCUUGAUAAGUGGAAGCAUAAUGUCAUGCCUAAUCCUAGGAAAAGGCUUGACAAGGAAACUCAUUUUAGUGGAGAAUGGCUGCCUACAUGGAGUAGUGGUGAUUUGUGGCAAGUUCAUCACCCAUAUAAUGGGUUGCAGUUUGUUGUUGACAUUGGGAAGAAAACUUGCACUUGUUGCUUUUGGGAUCUUGUAGGCAUACCUUGUAGACAUGCUGUUUCUGCCUUGCAAUAUCAGAAUUUAGAUCCUGAAAAGUAUGUUGAUCCUUGUUACAUGAGAGAUGCUUAUAGGGCAUGUUAUGAAAACAAUGUUAGUCCAAUAAAUGGCAUGGACAUGUGGCCCACUGUGGAUGCUGAAAAUUUGUUACCACCACAAUACAAGAAGGGACCUGGAAGGCCUAAGAAACUGAGGUUUAGAGAGUUGGAUGAGAGUGGAUCAAGGAUGAGAAGGGUAGGUGUAUCCUAUAGAUGCACAAAGUGUGACAAAUUGGGCCACAAUUCUAGGAAGUGUCAAGCUACUGAGCAAAAUCCUAAUGCACUCAAGAGAAAGAGGAAGACACCCAGGACCAAAGUAUCAAGAAAACAUGUACAAGAGCCGGCUCCAACUGAGGCAGCUCCAACUGAGGCAGCUCCAACUGAGGCAGCUCCAACUGAGGCUCCAACUGAGGCUCAAACUGAGGCAGUUCCAUCUGUGAUUGAAGACCCAGAGUUGGAUGCAUUGCUUAAUGAUAUGAUGUCUCUCUUUGAAGAACAAACAUCACAAGUUGAUAACCCCACACAACCUGCUGUUAUGCAACCUGCUGCUGCAACAAGUGUUCCUUUAGCUGUUUCAGAGCCUGCUGCAACGACUGAACCAGUGCCAGCUUCAGCAAGUGUCAAAAAACCUCCUACAAAGAAAAAGAAAAAUGUCUUGCCUGUGAAGCCAACAAGAAAAAGGGUCAGUGAGAGGUUGAAGGGGGUGAGAAAUGCCAAACGACAUGGUGGGCCUGGAUCAACACCCGAUGUACCAUUGACAAUUGAUGAACCUGAAGGAUCUGGUUGGAGUGCAUCAAAGAAGAUCUCAAAACAGAAGUGGAAGGGAAUUGCUAGGAGAAUGACUCAGUAGCUGUGUUAAAAGUUCAAUCUGACUGUUUUAAUGUCUUUAAGUUAUGUAC